ACUAGGCUUGGGGGGCCAUGUUAGGUUUGGGCACGGGCCUCUCGUCGGUUCUCGGCUUCCGUCGCUCCGCUUCCGGCCGCGAGCGGUCGUAGGGGCUGUGCUUCGAGGGACGACGCUGCGGGCUGGCAAGGCUCACAGCGGCACUGUCGAUGACCGCUGAAGGCCCGGGAGGCGGGAGAGCGAGAUGGUUGGGAAGACGCCGUCAGGCGCGGGCAGGCAGCGCCAGCUGCUGGGGCUGCUGCUGGCUGUAGCCGCCAUCCAUCUUGUCACCUGUCCCUAUGCCAAAGUGGAGGAGAGCUUCAACCUGCAGGCCAUGCAUGACCUGCUUUACCACCGGCUGGACGUGGACAAGUAUGACCAUCUCGAGUUCCCCGGAGUGGUCCCCAGGACGUUCCUUGGGCCCCUGGCCGUGGCGGUGUUCUCCAGCCCUGUGGUCUAUGUGCUGUCCCUGCUAGAAGCAUCCAAGUUUUAUUCUCAGCUAGUAGUCAGGGCUGUCCUUGGACUCAGCGUCAUCUUCGGACUCUGGACUUUACAAAAAGAAGUGAGGCGGCAGUUUGGGGCCAUGGUGGCCACCAUGUUCUGCUGGGUGACAGCCACGCAGUUCCACCUGAUGUUCUACUGCACGCGGACGCUCCCCAACGUGCUGGCCCUGCCCGUGGUGCUGCUGGCCCUCACGGCCUGGUUGCAGCUGAAGUGGGCCCGCUUCACCCGGCUCUCGGCCUUCGCCAUCCUCGUGCUCAGGGCCGAGCUGAGCCUGUUCCUGGGCCUGGUGCUGCUGACACUGCUCUGCACCCGGAGGCUCUCCGUGGCAAAGGUCCUUCGCUGUGCCGUGCCGGCCGGGGCCCUCUGCUUAGGACUGACGGUCGCCGUGGACUCCUAUUUUUGGCGAUACCUUGUGUGGCCGGAAGGAAAGGUGCUUUGGUACAACACCAUCCUGAACAAAAGUUCCAACUGGGGAACCUCCCCGCUGCUGUGGUAUUUCUACUCGGCCCUGCCCCGCGGCCUGGGCUGCAGCCUGCUCUUUGUGCCCCUGGGCGCCGUGGACAGGAGGGCCCUGGUGCUGCUGCCGCCCUCGCUGGGCUUCGUGGCCCUGUACUCGCUGCUCCCGCACAAGGAGCUGCGGUUCGUCAUCUACACCUUCCCCGUGCUCAACAUCGUGGCUGCCAGGGGCUGCGCCUGCCUGCUGAACAAUUAUAAGAAGUCUUGGCUGUAUAAAGUGGGGUCCCUCCUCGUGAUAGGACACCUUGUGGUGAAUGCCACGUACUCGGCCACAGCCCUGUACGUGUCCCGCUUCAACUAUCCUGGCGGCGUGGCCAUGAGGAAACUGCAUGAGUUGGUGUCGCCCGGGACAGAUGUCGUUCUGCACAUCGAUGUCGCUGCCGCACAGACAGGUGUGUCUCGGUUUUUGGAGGUCAACAGUGCCUGGAGGUACGAGAAGAGGGAGGGUGUGCAGCCCGGGUCAGGGCAUAUGCUGGCUUACACGCACCUCCUCAUGGAGGCCGACCCUGCGCACCUGGCCCUCUACAGGGACACACACCGGGUCCUGGCCGGCAUUGUGGGCACCACCGGGGUGAGUCUGAACCUGACCACACUGCCUCCCCUUGACGUCAACCUGAAGACAAAGCUGGUGCUUCUGGAGAGACUCCGUGGGCCUUCCUGAGAAGGGGCCAAUGUCCGUCUGAGGACAUCGGAGCUCCAUCAGCAUCCCGGCAGAUGAGACAGUACGAGAAACAGUGGAACCACAGACGUGCCCCGGACGCAGGCCUGAGGGAAGAGGCCCAGCUCUUCCACGGCCACCCCAGACCACAC